UGUCCAUCGUUUUCCGGGAGUGAUUCACUUUGCGCUUCUUCCCGCUUGGCUACUCGUCGGUUUUUGGCAUGAAUUUUCUCGCGUGAGGAGUAACUUAGAGUAAAAAAAAAAAAAGGAAGACAAAAUAAAAAAAAGAAAAAGAAAAAAAAGGAGACGAGAAGACGCAUUGGAAUCGUUUCCUUUGGCUUUUCCGCUUGUACCUCCCAAAUAUAUCCCAAAAAUUCACCGCGCGUUUUUUCUUCAAUGUGUUUUUUUUUUAUCCUUGCCGCGAUGACGAGUGUUUAAUGUUUCUGAUUUUCGUUGGCCUCCGAAAAUAACAGCGUUACAUAGACAAAUGGACGCGCGUGUAAACGUGCAAUGGCGCGUCCGUAAAACGUCCGUGAGCGACGGUCCCGUCUCUCCAUUGCGCUCGUUUCUUAUUAUUUUGCUCAUACGUACGUUUGUUCCUUCGCUCUCUCUCGCCUGAUAACCGUACGCGUCUGACAGGCGCUUCGUCCGACCGAUGUCUGACGAGCUACCGAAGAAGAGAGCGCGAGCAUUAUCGAUAUACUCUUCUCCUUCGAUUCCUUUUCCUCUUUUCGUCGCUUCGUCGCGCGCACAUUUCGCUUACGUUUCGAGAACCCAGCGGGAUCGCUGGUGCUUUUGAUGCUUGAAAUUCAAACUGAAACAAGUUUAAAGAAUCUCUUUUAAACAAAAAGAGCUGUAAGUGAGAUUCGAUAGGGAUGAGCUUGGGAUUUUCUUUAGAAAAGGAUUGUCUCGCUUCUAACAUUAGUGACAUCGCUUCGAAAGGACGAUCGCUCGAGUAACAAAUGUCAAAAUAAUUCCACGGUGAUAGCGUCAGUAAGAGUUGUGCGGGAUUAUUGCACAAUUGAUACAGAACACGCAGAAUAUUGUAGGCGCGACAGCGUUUACAGAGACGGUGUCGCAAGAUUACCGUCGUUGGCAGCGGUUCCUCGAUGGUGUGAGACUUCUUGUCAAAAGUGAGGAUAAAUAGGUUUGUCGAAUAGGAGAAAAAUACGUGAGAAGGAAGAGAGAGAGAGAGAGAGAGAGAGAGAAAAGUGCGCGAGCGCGUGAAUCAAGGAAGUCUUGGAAGGAUUCUCGACUAUUGACUCGUGUGCGCUCGGCUGCUAUAAAGUCGCGAGGAAGCCUUCUUCUCUAGAAGGAUCGCUUUUUCUCUAGAACAGAUCCGAUCGGUACAGAUGAGGCCGCGAGCGAUCUGCAAUUGCGGCGUGGAGGAGCAUCGGAGUCUUCGCAAUCAUUACCGCGAGAAUCGCUGUUUCUGACAGCCAAACGCUGACAGGAGGAACGGACAGACGGUAGUGUACUACAGCGGCUGCAGUGUUUGCGAAUACUCGAUGGAUGAGUUCCAUCCAUUUAUCGAGGCUCUUCUACCAUUCGUGAAGUCUUUCUCGUAUACAUGGUUCAAUCUACAAGCUGCCAAAAGACGGUAUUAUAAGAAACACGAAAAGCGGAUGAGCUUAGAAGAGGAACGUCAAUGUAAAGAGGAACUCCAGAACGAGAAGUUGGAAGUAAAACAGAAAUGGGCUUCGCGGCUUCUUGGCAAGUUACGGAAGGAUAUUACUCAAGAAUAUCGAGAAGACUUUGUGUUAAGUAUCACAGGAAAAAGGCCAGCAAUGUGUGUUCUGAGCAAUCCUGAUCAAAAAGGCAAAAUGCGUCGAAUCGAUUGUCUUCGUCAAGCGGAUAAGGUAUGGAGAUUGGACCUAGUUAUGGUGAUCCUUUUCAAGGCAAUUCCAUUGGAAUCGACGGAUGGGGAAAGGCUUGAAAAAACAGCGGAAUGCGCGCAGCCGGGACUUUGCGUCAAUCCUUAUCACAUCAACGUUUCCGUCCGGGAACUGGACCUCUAUCUCGCCAAUUUUAUCACGAGUCACGAGGUACUAAAUGGCAUCUGCAACGCUAGCAAGGAGGAGGAUAGGCGUCGAAAAGGUACAGGAUACCAUGAACUAUAUAAUGGUGUUGUCUGCAAUGAUACGAUCCUUGCGACAGGUGUCUUCAGCUCCAAAGAGCUUUGGAUGCUUUCAAAAGCGUCCAUACUGCAUGACCUCAGCGACAUGCAGCCUCAAAUAAACGCGAUCAAAAUAGAGCACCCGCCGUACUACUGCAGCAGCUACACCCCACCAUCCGCAGCUACGACCGCGGAUCACGUUCAGCCAGCGGCUAGCUUCAGUCCACCACCAGUUCAUCAAUUAAUAAGGAACGAUAAGACUGAAAAACCGCCAACAGUCACGGUUUCGAGCGCACCGACGUUUUCGUCGGUCCUCAGACCGGAAGACGGACAUCGUGGUAUAGAAUCUCCGCAUUCGCAAACGGGAUUGCAUUCGCCUCAUGAAGGACUAACCGGUGGCUCUAGUCAAAGUAUGCCUGGACUUGCUUACUAUCAGCCGGAACACCCCGGAUCUACAGGGGUGGUAAAGUAUCCCGAGAACGGACAUGACACUCUUUCGGACUUUGUGACGUUUGUCUGCCAAGAAGCCGAGAACACCCAGCAACUGUCCCAGACUCAGCUAACCGGAUCACGUACCGGUAUACAAAAGUUCCCGCAGUAUUAUCCGAGUUCGAUGUUACCGCCACCGCCACCUGCUCCCAUGGCCAGACCAGUAGCAAUAAUAAGAUCGACGGGUGAAUUAGCAGCGACGACCGCUAAUUCACCACCAACAUCGUCCACGUCACCUACGGAUCCAGCUGAGCUGGGAGCUAAUCAGGAACAGAUGACCGCCGCAGCGGCAGUCGGCCUUGUCGGUUCCGCUUGCCAGAAUUCUGUUGAAUCUGCCGGACGGAAGAGCCCUGCCAGAAUUCUUGUUACGCCGCACACUACCAGCAGGGAAUAUACAUUUGCUCACUUUCAUUCACAACCCGGACAGCAAAUCUUCACGUAUCCGACCAUUAGCUCGAUGUCUGGAGUAAUUUCGCCGACUAACUUGUCUCUAUUCUCAUCUCCUGUCUCGGUAACGAGACCGGUAGCCACUCAAAGGUCGGUCUCCAAUGUUCCACCGCGUUGGAAUACAGCGCCAUUCAUCAAUUUGGAAGACGAUUAUAAUAUGAUUGCACCGAUUAUCGCUGGAACAAACAGUGAGCAACCAUCCGCCAUGGAGGAAGAGCGGUAUUUUCAUCCUGUGCAUACGAGUGGCGUAGUGGAUAAAAAUAAUAGUGGUAAUUUAAUAGGCAAUGAACUCGGGGUUAAUACAGAUCCUGCAUCACAUCAUCAUCAACAGCAGCAACAGCUUCCGCAGCAGCAGCAACAGCAACAACAAGCACAACAACAGCAAUCGUCUUCGCAACAGCAACAGCAGCAGCAAGUAAUGGCAGAUAAAUCCAGCGGGCCUAAAUCUCCUCCGUGACAGUGGAGUCUGAGAACGGAAAGUCUUGAAAGACUCACGAACUCGCCGUGUUUAUCAGAAUCGGUACAUAGCAUUGCGUAUAAUAAUUAUGUCGAAGUGACGGCUGAAGCUGAGCUCGAGAAUAAUUAUCAGGAAGCUACGCCUCGUAAUCAAUUACGUGAUUUAAACUUGCGGAGAAUAGAAUGCUUAAGAGUUCGAUCUUAAUCUAUAUAUUACAAAGUGAGAGAAUAAGAAUGCUUUUGAAAAAAUCGCAGUUGAGAGAAAAAGAAGUCCGUUGAUUCAUAUUUAUCAAAAUGGAUUAGUACUAUACAAAGUUUCAUAUUGUGACAACUUAACCAAGUAUUCAAUAGUAUAGUUUAUCUUGCGGUAGAAUUCGCGACGCUUAGAAAUAGCCAUAAGUUAACGUCGCCGUGCAUGCCUUAUCCUGCUCGAGAACACAAACUUGUCUACGUACAGUGUCGUACAACAAAAUAUUGUUCAAGCUAUAUAAUGUAACGUAUUUAGAUAAAAUGACAAAUUUUAAAAGUUUCAAAAGUUUGUAAAAACAGUUGAAUACGAUAUUACGGUUGAGAAGUAUUAUUUGAUCUGUAGUCAGUUACGUAAACUACACUUGUAUCAAUCGAUACAUGGCCUAUAAGUUUAA